AUGAUGGGGACCGCCGAGCAGCCGGGAUUGAUCCCUCGAACUUGCGAAGAUCUCUUCCAGCGCAUCGAAGCCUCGGAGACUCCUGAUGUCAGCUACAACGUUCGGGUGUCGUACUUUGAAGUGUACAAUGAGCAUGUGCGUGACCUGCUCGUGCCUCGGACCGAUCCCCCGAACUAUCUGCGCAUUCGCGAGUCGCCCUCGGAGGGACCGUAUAUCAAGGACCUGACCGAAGUGACUGUGAAGAACUACAGUGAUCUCAUGAAGCACAUGCGCAAGGGCGACACUUCGCGUACGACUGCCAGCACCAAGAUGAACGAUACCUCUUCUCGAUCGCACGCUGUCUUCACCAUCACCCUGAAACAGAUUCACCACGAUCUCUCCACUGAUGAGACUACGGAACGUACGGCGCGCAUUCGUCUGGUGGAUCUGGCGGGCUCUGAGCGGGCCAAGUCCACUGAGGCUACGGGCCAGAGACUUCGUGAAGGAUCCAACAUUAACAAAUCACUCACCACCCUGGGUCGAGUUAUUGCCGCGUUGGCGGAUCCGAAGCAGGGACGAUCCGGAAAACGCAAGAGUCGAGAUGUUGUGCCGUACCGUGAUUCCAUCCUUACCUGGUUGCUCAAAGACAGCCUGGGUGGUAACUCGAAGACGGCCAUGAUUGCGUGUAUUGCCCCCAGCGAUUACGAGGAGACACUCUCCACUCUCCGGUAUGCGGACCAGGCCAAGCGUAUCCGUACUCGUGCUCGUGUCAACCAAGACCAUCUAUCCGCUGCUGAGCGUGACAAGCAGAUUGCCGAGAUGGCGGAGACGAUUCGCACACUCCAACUCAGUGUCAGCCAGGCGGUUGCGAACCGACGUGAGAGCGAAGUCCAGAGCGAGCGCUUGGAGGAUUACCAGCAGAAGGUUGAGAAAAUGCAGCGACUUAUGGAGGAGACCAAGAUGGUCAGCGAGUGCAAGAUCCGUCAACUCAAAACCGAGAAUGAAGCCCUACGCAACCAUCUGAAACUGGCCAUCGACAGUCUGCGCAACCCGAUCCCGCCGGUGACUAUCGAGAAGCGCAAAAGUAGCCUGUAUGCGUUGGGCGAAGAUGAGGAAUCGGAAAACCCGGACCUCACCGAUGAUAAGGAAGAUGACUCGUCUCCUGCUAGUGACGAGGAGCCGGAACCCGAUCUUAUCUGGGAGGAUGAUGAUACCAUUGAAGUCGAAGCUGGUCAGAUCGAAGCGCAGGACAUGCAGUCACACAUGGAGGAUCUUCUGAGCGAUCUCAGCAUGUUCAAGCGCAAACUGGCUUCGGACCAUGAGCGAUUCCGUUCGAUUCGGGAUCAGCAGAAUCGCAAGCAGCGUCGCCCACUCAGUGAUGUGAUGCUCAACGAGUGA